AUGGGAGCAAUUGUAUAUUUAAGUAGAAUUGAAACUUUUUCGGCGGCACAUCGAUUGCACUCUUCGUCUUUAUCAGACAAGGAAAAUAAAGAAAUAUUUGGAAAAUGUAAUAAUCCUAACGGUCAUGGACACAAUUACAAAGUUGAGGUAACGGUGAAAGGAGAGAUUAAUCCAAUAACAGGUAUGGUUAUGAAUCUAAUGGAUUUAAAAGAAUGCAUAAAGAUAGCAGUCAUGGAUGUUUUGGAUCAUAAGAAUCUGGAUCUUGAUGUACCAUAUUUUAAAGAUAAGCCUAGCACAUCGGAAAAUUUAGUUGUUUUCAUUUGGCAUAAUAUCCGUCAAGUCUUAAAAGAUGGUGAAUUAUAUGAAGUGAAAUUAUAUGAAACCGAAAAAAAUUUGGUGGUUUAUAGGG